GGCGCACCUCUUCGCGUCGACUCCAGCAUAGCGUUGCCAUUCACACAACCAGCAGCGCCAUGAAGCUCCGUGGAAAGGAAACGCUUUGCUUUCUUUCGGCUGUGUUGUUAGUCUGUGCUGCAUCAGAACGCGACGCACCUGUAGUCCACAUGGAACUUGGCAGCCUGAAAGGGGAGUAUGUGAGCGUAAAAGGGAAGGAGACUGGGGCCGACGCCUACCUGGGUGUCCCAUUUGCCAAGCCACCCGUUGGCCCUGGCCUGAGACUGGCUCCACCUCAGAAAGUGGAGGCUUGGCAAGGAGUGAGAGACGCCAGUAAGCAGCCACCGAUGUGCAUUCAACAUAGACAGUUCCUUAUAGAUCUGAUGCAGUUGAUUGGUGGCAUAGCAGAAGAAAUCCCUGAUAUUUCAGAGGACUGCCUUUACCUCAACAUUUAUACUCCUGCAAACAGAGCUCAUGAUGCUAAGCUCCCAGUAAUGAUGUGGAUCCAUGGUGGAGGCUUUGCUUUGGGAUCAGCUUCAAUGUAUGACGGAUCCGCCCUGGCUGCUUACCAGGAUGUGGUUGUGGUGCUCAUCCAAUAUCGUUUGGGAGUUUUGGGCUUUCUCAGCACAGGAGAUGAGCAUCUGCCUGGUAACUCUGGCCUGCUGGACCAGGUUGAAGCUCUACGGUGGAUCCAAAAGCACAUUGCCAACUUUGGGGGAGACCCAGCCUCGGUCACCAUAUUUGGAGAGUCUGCUGGUGGAAUUAGCGUUUCCCUGUUGCUUCUAUCACCAUUGUCUGAUGGGCUGAUCCAUCGAGCCAUCGCUGAAAGUGGCACUGCCGCAAUAGAUGUGAUUGUGUCAACUGAUCCUCUACCAAUAGCACAGGUUGUUGCUAAUGCAUCCGGCUGUAGCAUUGAAAGCACACAGACGAUUGCUGCCUGCUUGAGAAAAAUUGAUAUUGACGUUUUUUUGACUAUUGCACAGGAUCCAACACUAAGAUUGAGCAUAAAUAUAGACGGAUACUUCCUGACGAAACCAGUAAACGAGCUGUUCGAGAAGCAUGAGAUUCAGAAUAUACCAUUCUUGACUGGUGUCAAUGAUGAUGAAGGGGGCUGGUUAUUUACUUCUUUCAUGGCGCCUCCAAACUGGACUGAAGGAAUGGACCGGGAGCAGGUUUUAAACACAAUAUUGCCUUUCAACCCCAAAGAGUCCAUUGUCACUGAUCUGAUGAUAGAGGAAUAUAUUGGAGCUGGGGAAGAUCGUGAGAAAAAUAGAGAUGGUUUUACUGAGUUCUUUGGGGAUAUGUUGUUCAACAUCCCUGCCAUUAAGGCUGCAAAUGCUCACAGAGAUGCAGGUGCCCACGUGUACUUGUAUGAGUACCAGCAUCCGCCUCAUUUCUUGAAGGCAAAAAGGCCAAGCUUUGUUGGGUGUGACCACGGAGACGAAAUCUUUACUGUUUUAGGGUUUUGCUUUACAACAAAACAUAUCCGACUAAAUGCUACAUGCUUAGAGGAGGAAGAACAACUUAGUCGAACGAUGAUGGCCUACUGGGGCAACUUUGCUCGGAAUGGGUCGCCUAAUGGUGAUGGCCUUGCUCACUGGCCUAUAUAUGGAAGAGAAGAGACGUACCUGGCAAUAAGUGCAAAGGAGCAGGUAACUGCCCAGCACCUGAAGAAGGAUCGCUUUGUCUUUAUGACUCAGAUCCUCCCAGAGAAGGUUCGACUACAUCAGGAGAAGACUGAGCGUGUUGAACUUUAGAGGACUUGCACCAUUUUGUUUUCUUUUUCAACCUGUCCUCUUCAUCUUGCAUCGUUUUGAGUUUAAUGCAGUGAUUCACUGUGACAUACAGUAGCUGUUAAACUGAUUUUGAGUAUCUUAAACAAGCACAGCAAAUAAUAGGAACUAUGUACCUGCGUGGGUUUUCUCCGGGCACUCCGGUUUCCUCCCACAUCCCAAAAACAUGCAUUAAUUGGAGACUCAAAUUACCCGUAGGCAUGACUGUGAGUGCGAAUGGUUGUUUGUUUCUAUGUGCCCUGCGAUUGGUUGGCAACCAGUUCAGGGUGUACCCCGCCUCCUGCCCGAUGACAGCUGGGAUAGGCUCCAGCACGCCCGCGACCCUAGUCAGGAGAAGCGGCUCAGAAAAUGGAUGGAUGGAUGGAUGGAUGGAUGGAUGUACUUGUCCACUUUUAACAUUUUGAAAAAUCUAAAAAAAAAAAAAGAACAUUUGAAUUAAAUCAACUGAAUGUUGUGUGGCAUUUUUUUUUUUUUUAUUGUUUAUGUACAACCCCAAUUCCAAUGAAGUUGGGACGUUGUGUUUAACAUACAUACAUCAUGUUCAACCUGUAUUUAAUUGAAUACACUACAAAGAUAUUUAAUGUUCAAACUGAUCAACUUUAUUGUUUUUAGCAAAUAAUCAUUAACUUGGAAUUUUAUGGCUGCAACACGUUCCAAAAAAGCUGGGACAGGGUCAUGUUUACCACUGUGUUACAUCACCUUUUCUUUUAACAACAUUCAAUAAACAUUUGGGAACUGA